UGUCAAGACACACACACAUGCUUACGGCAGCCGGACAAACACAGCAUUGUGUGUGGGACGGUAGCAAAGUAGCGGGCGGACACACACGGACGCACACACACGGACACCACCCAGUGUGUGAAUGCACGCGUGUGUGCGCGCGUGUUGCGCACAAUCGGCAGAUGCUAUCGUCGACGUGCGAACACGGCGGCCUGGAGAGACAGCGAGAAGCAACAACAACAGCAGCAGCAGCACGGGCAGAGAUGAAGACGACAUUCUGAUUCUUCGCAAGAUACAGGAGCGCAGUGAUCAACUCCCGUGUCUCCAUCAGUGCCCGCGCUCUCGUCGAUGCUGAGUUUAAGAACGAACUCGUGUUUGCUGCUUUGUAACUGUAAUUCUUGUUUUUUUUUUAACAGAAAUAUUUCCUGUCCGUCUUGGGGUUCUGCUCGGGCUAUACGGAAGGCGGUCGGAACGCGUCUUUAAGCGGAGAGGAAUUUGGAUAGGGAAGAGCGCAAAGGAAGAUCUGGAAGACUACGAAAGGGGAGGAUGAUCGUCCGGAUUGAACUUAGUGUUUGUUAGUCGUGGCCAGAACCUCUCUCUCUCUCUCUGCUUGCGGUGCUUGUUGUUUUAAUUACACGAAGGGAAUAUUAUUAGAGAUGAGUGAAUACAAAAAGGGGCAGGAUAUAAAGAGAAGGAAGACAAGCCAGUUCGAGGCGUAGUGACGGAUGGCCACAAAUAGAUACCAACGCUGUAUUUUAAUGUAGAUUAUUUCGGUCGAAGGCAGAAAGGCAACAGCAGAGAUAAGAAAGUGGCUUAAUAUGUAUUGUUUUGUCUUAUACAGCACAUUAACACACCGUGCCUAACACUCAGUAUUUUUGAUGUAAUACCCACGUCCAGUAUAGGUACACAGUGGUUAUACAACAUCACCACUUAUUACUGAAGAGUACAUCAGUAGUGUACUGCGGUUAUUGUAAGAGGCGUGUUACUAUAUUUGAAAUCAGUUAAGAAGACCCUAUUGAGAAUAAUCCUCUAAAAUAUAUGACUAUAGGUUACAUAGCAUAUCAAAGGUGCAUCGCUUAUUUAGGUAAAGUGCUUAUAAUAUCAAGCUAAAGAGCAUACUAAGAUAAUUAUAGUAUCAAUACACAGCAUCGUUCAGCUACACUGUUGAGUGCUAUUGUCUAGAUACAUAGACACCGCCACAUAGUGUUGUUAUUGAAGAAGCCAAGAGGGGAAGAAGAGGAAGAUGUCUUCUGGAUCUCUGGAGGAGCAGGCAGCUCAGAGGUGGUGUCCCACUCACGUGCAGAUCACCGUCCUCCAGGCUCGUGGCCUGCGUGCAAAGGGCAAGAAUGGAACCAACGAUGCCUUCGCAGUCAUGGAGCUGGGCCGAGAGCGAUAUGCCACGUCCGUGCUGGAGAAGAGCUCCAAUCCCGAAUGGAAGGAGGAGUGCUCAUUCGAGUUGCCCCCAGACGCCCUGGUUGGAGACGGAGUGCCAGGAGGAGGUCACCGCCAGGAGUUGCAGAGCUGCGUGGUGGUGGUGUCCGUGAUGCACCGCUCCUUGCUGGGUCCUGACAAGUUCCUGGGACAGGUGUCCGUGUCGAUCUCCGAACUCUACGUCGACAAGUCCAGACGCAAGCCCGAGUGGUACAAGUUACACUCGAAAGCCGGCAAGAAAGAGAAGGACCGGGGCGAGGUGCAGCUUUCGGCGCAUUUCAUGAGGAACAACCUGACGGCCAGCAUGUUCGACCUGUCGGCGCGUGACAAGCCCCGCUCCGCCUUCGGCAAGUUCAAGGACAAGGUGAAGGGCAAGAAGAAGGGCAGCACCUCCGACUCCUCGUCGGCCAUCGUCCCCGGCGUGCUGCGGAUCGACAGUGAAAACGAGGACGAGGAUGUGGAGAGGGAAGAGGAGGUGAAGAAGAAGGCGAAGGGCAGGAGCUUCCUGACGCUGCCGGGCAUGAAGAGAACCUCGGUGACGCACUCCUCAUCCUCGUCACUUUCCUCCUCGCACGUGUCCAUCCCGUCCACCCCUGAUCCGUCGCUGCCGCCGCUGGGACUCCCGUCCUCCGGCCCGGGCGCUGGGGUCGGGGUGACAACCGUCAUUACUCCCCCACCUGUUGAGCUGGCUCCAGAGCAAGACAUGACUGGCAGCGUGGGUCGAAGGAGGACGCAGAGUGCCGACAUAACGAUGGCCUUGCCCGUCAAGGAAGAGCGAAACCUCUUCGGGGGCCUGAAGCCGAAAUCCGAGACGGCCUCCAAGUCCUCGCUGUGCAUCAAUGGCAGCCACUUGUACGUGCCGGAAAAGGGCGCAGCCGCCACCGUUGGGCAGAACCAGGCCCAGCCCAAACCCAACAUCGCCCUGUCGCGAUCCCUGCAGAACAUCAACAACGCGGAGGAGCAGAAGCCCUCCAUCCAGAAGACGGCGAGCGUGGGUAAGGCCGACGCCGUGAAAGCCGGAUUUUUCGGGGACAAGAAAGCUGGCAGCGACAAAGUCCUGGAGUCGACCUCGCUGCCGGAACCGGGGAAGGAUGGAAUGCACAAGGAGUCCCGGAGGUCGCUGGACCUCAGCAAAGGCGUCGGUCUGGACCUGUUUGACAAAGUGAAGGCGAAGGAAGUAGACGAGGGGAAAAAGGAGGAUGGAAAGAAAAGUCGGCUGAAUAUCAAGUCUUUUGUGACCGGGUCCAACAAAUCUGAAAGCGCCAGUCGGAGCUCCAGUGGGCAAAACCUGGCCGAGGAGCUUGCUCAUGGGACCACGUUCGGUUUUCAUCGGGACCACAAAGACAAGGUUGUGAAAGUCAGACUGGACGUGUCUCCCGAGGUCGAAACCACAAACCUCCCACAAAGCCCUUCCAUGUCUGAUAACUCGCCCCUCGCUGUGGCAGCUGCACCCGCUGUGCCUUUCCCUCUGUGCCCCCCACUAACACCCGUGCACUCCCCCACCUCUCCUUCCAGCCCCAUGUCCAUAAUCUCACACCCUCCCAGCACACCCCCGUCCAUUCUGUCGCAGUCUCCCCCCACGCCCGCGUCGCUGCUGUCGUUCACCGACAUUGCCGAGGUUCCCAAAUCCCCCCCUGCACCUAUGCCGGCGCCGCGGCCUUCUCCACACGCCGAGAACCGCGCCGUGAUCGCGCCCGGAAGUCCCGUGCGGGAAAACAAUUUGUCGAAUGCAGCGGCGGCCUUCGCUCGGGAUGAUCUGGUGUCGCCACCGCCACCGCCCUCCUCACCGGAGAAGGUUUCCACCAAAUCCUCCAACCCUUUCUUUUUCCCGUCCUCUGCUAAAAACCCUUUCCUGAGCAGCCAUUCCUUUAACCCGUUCCUGGAUGUUCUGUGCGAGGGCUCGGAAGCCCAAGCGUCGCAGGCACCGACGGUAGUGAGAGAGGGCGACGCGACUGAACGUGCUCCCAAGACUGACGAAGCCAAGAUACGUGGACUUGAGAAUGAGAAAUCUUCCGCUCACAAGAAGGACAUCCAACAUGAAGGAGGCAAAGAUUAUAUGACAGGAUCGAAGGAGGAUUCUGUGAAAUUGAGUGAUUUAGAGACUGGCAAAGUUGAUAAACUGGUCACUCAAGAUUUAUCUCCGGGUUCAUCUCAGAUGCAGGCCACAGGACCUCCACAAAGUGCCCGUCUGAGGCCAAUGCCAACAAUAGGGAGGAUUGAAAAACAGGAAAAUGUUGGGCCACCUCUAAAAGCUGAUGAUGUGGUGCUCGCGCAGACUGCUCGCCAAGACGAUCCUAUUCACCAAAAAACACAGAUGCAGUCAUUUUCAGAUUUAAUAUUGGGCAAAGGAAAGGUUUCUUCCCCUAUAAGGUCACCGCUUUUCCUGCAGGGUGUUGAGGAGAAUGACCAACAAAGGAGUGGGACAGGCAAGUCCUGUUCCGAGGAACAGCCUACUAAAAAUGUGCCUGUACAACAGGAGAAAACUCCUGCCCAACUGGUAGACGCCAUUGCAAGUACGAACAUAACGCCGGGACUUCAGCCAAAUCGCUUGGAUAAGUCAACCACUAAGAUGUAUAGUGAAGUUGAAGGCGCCGACCUAGAGUCGUCGUUAAAAAUAAACUACUUGGACCAGGACGAAACCUCGUAUUAUCCUGUCAAAAGCCAGUUAUACAGGCCUCACUUUUACAGCGCGUCUACGUUACGCUCGGACGCGGCUGAAACUUCACCGCCUUAUUUACAACUCUCGGUCGCCGAGGAGGACUUUGAGAAAGGUUCUCGCCGCACAUCCCCUUCGCAGUUUCAGCCAAAAUCGCCCGAAGAGGCUUCAACCGACACGAGCCUCAUCGGCGCGCGCGGCGCAAGCUCUUCACGCACAGCGUCUGGCUUCCCCGAGCGGGGUGCAGAGUUACCGGUGAAAAACUCGGACACGCAGCCAUGCAUUUUAAACAUAGAGGUCACCACUCAGCCUGCGCGGAAGUAUAGUUCUCAACCACUGGACACUGCCUCCAAAAAGAAUGAAGAAAGUUCUCGUAGCGGGUCUACGCUCUUCCAGUCGUCCUCCACUCUGGCCGAGUGGUUGGAGGCCAAGCACGCACAAGCCAUGAAGAAGAGUGAGGAAUCGCUGUCAGGCACUACCAAAGGCAGUUCUCUUGCUGAUGAGUUGGAUGUUUCGACCCUGAAGCAGCCGAGAAAGGACGAUAACCCCAGUUCUCUGCAUGAAGGAAUAACUGACGAUGGUUUGUUUGUUCGCACCUUCACUACAAGGGCUACUAAUUUGGAAAGUAAGGGCUCAGGAAAGAUGGACAAUGAAGCACUUUCAGGGAAGAAUCUUGUGCCUUCUGGCUCCUCUGCCUUGUCUCCCACCGACGGAGCGGGUAGCAAAACAUUUUCGCCAGACACUUUCAAGCCCAUUAAUAACUUGGAAAAGAUUGAUAAGGCCAGCUCGUCAACAACACCCGCAGACGUCGGCAGUGAAGAGCCUCCACCGGACGUUGCCGGUGCGACCGAAAGGGACGCGGCGUUGCAGUCGACGUCCAAAAGGCUACACAGCGUAGACACAGCGUCUCGGGUGACCUCCCCUUCCGCACCGCCCCCCUCCCCUGGCUUUGUGCCUGCGCUUGCUGAGCCCUGCACCCUCCACCCCAUCGCGCAUGACUCUGUUCCUGCCCCAGUUGGUCGUCCCGUGAUGCCCUUUACGGCGGCUCGCGAGUUUGGUCCAUCCGGUGAUGUGGGUUGGCACAGCCGAAGGGAAAAGGGCCCUCCAUCCUCCUCUUCCCCACUGGUUUCAGCCUCGGAGACACGGCCAGGCUGCUCGGAGCCGCAGGGCUGUGAUGCUGGAAUCAGCCCCCGUUCGGUGCCACCGUUGAACGCAAGCGGGAAGAAAAUGGAAGACGAUGUCAAAACCUUUCCAGCUGCAACUCACAAGGACGGCGGUCCAGCGGCAAACGCCUCCUCGUCCGCGGUGCUCUCGCGCCUCUCGCACGCCGAGCUGGUGGCGCUGGUGACGCGGCAGCAGGCGGAGCUGGUGCGGCGCGACGACACCAUCCGCAACCUGCACGAGUACAUCGACGGGCUGCUGCUGCGCAUCAUGGAGGAGACGCCGCACCUGCUGCUCGUGCCAUACCAGAGGGCCGCUACGCUCGGGCAGAAGUAGUGCCCUUGGCAUCGCUUCAUGCCCUCGGCAUCACUUCGGCUCGGCCCCGUGUGCCUCUGUUGGUCGCUCGCCGAUGCCGGUGGUGGGCUUGCCAGCCCGGUUAGUGGUGUGCGCGGGGCUUAAUUUCAACCGAGCAUGUCUGGGUCAGCGACCCAAACAAUAUUUGCGCUCCCGGUGCACGACAUCGAGUGUACCUGUCGCUACGGCCAUGGCUACUACUCGUCACGUGCAAUGUUCUCCAGUCAACCGGCGAGCCGGGAAAUAUUUAGUGAGAAAUUCGGCCCUGGGCAUGCCCGGAUGUACUGCAUAGAAAGGCGUGAUAUAAUAUUAAAUUACGAUGAUAAUAUUUAUGAGGAGUCAGCCAUUGGGGUGGGAGGAUGGGGGCGAGGAUUUAAAAAAAAACUGUCAGCUGAAAACAGCACUCCGCUAUGCUCCCCUACUCGGAGCGCUGUUAGUGACAUUCCCCUCAGCUGCUCGAACUCUGGACAGUUGCUGGUGAAUUAACCAUAAGAAGUCUAUUUACAGGGAGGUAAAAAAAGUAAAUGUCUGUUUGGGUUAUAUUAGACACAAUGUGAACAAGUAUAGGACGUUGAUCAAUUAGCUUAGCUCAGAUGUGUGCGUGGGCUGAGGCUCAUGAUUAAGGGCUACAGUUUCUGCCAUCCACACUUGCCCUGUGGUACAAGGACAGAUUUCAUGCGUUUACUUGUGGAGCUAAAUAAGACUUCUUUGGCCAUGUAUUUAAACGCCCGUAAUGGGAGUAUUCCCUUUGCAAGGCUUUAAAUCUUUUAUGAAUCCAACUAGUCUUUGCUAUUGACCGGCAAGGCUAAUUCCAUUUCAGGCGGUAUUAUUAUGGGUAUGUGUUUGACACCCUCUUAUCGAAAGCAGAUAUACAUACUGCAUUCUGCUAAUUAUAAAUGUCCCAGAAAGUAAGGCGCACCUCGGUCUUGUGCCUGCUGCCAAUGAAGUUAAAUAAAAAAAAUCAGGUCACACACAUGCACACGCCUACUGGAUUGCAAGACUGACCACCAACUUUAGCUGUAAAAUACAGGGGAAAACAGUGCGCCUUAUUAUCCAGAGGAUAUGGUGAUGGACGGAUAAAGGACGAUUGAGAUUCUUUUAGUGAAGAUGUACGUGGAUGGCCUGUGUGUUUGGGCGCCACGGUGGCGAGAUGUUAACUACCUCACCUGGUAUACAGGAGGUUGUGGGUUCGAUCCUGAUCCUGACCCUGACACCUGUAUAUUUGGAGUUUGCAUAUUCUCCCCGUGGUUGCAUGGAUUGCUUUUCCGGGUCGUCCAGUUUUCCCUCUACGUUGAGAAUCAAGACGAUAAGCCAUCUCGUGGAGCUAUCAUUUGUGGCCAAGUCGUUUCUAAUAUAGUUCAGUGGGCCAUGCCUGGUAAAAUACAAGUUUAGUUUAGUUUUACACGUGACCGCACAGCCAGAAGGUUACGUAUGUGUAAGCAAAAGUGUUUAAAAACCAUACUGCAAAUUUUAAUUGACAGUGCGUAUGGGAUAUGUUAACCAGUGUCGAAUGUGCUCUUCCAAAUAAGGCACGCCGCUAUGAAAACAACCCAAGCUCGUCAAACCAUUUUGCGGUGGAAUUGCUGCAGGGCUGCUUAUUCAUUGUCCCAAAGGAUUGGUGCAGUUGAUGAUUGAAAUUAUUCAGAAGGUCUAGGUCCAACAAUUGUACUGCAUGCAUGAAUAAAUGUUUAUUAGUUAUGUUCCAUAGAUUAAUUCCCAUUUUUAUUGCAUUACAAUAUUUGGUUUAUCAUCAGAAGUAUAUUAUUGUAAAUUUGGGUAAAUACAAGUCCGUGAUUAUAUGCCAAAUCAAUUCUGUAUAUACAGUAUAGUAUGUGUUUAUACGAUAAUGUAUGCCUAAAUAUGCUGUGGAAGAAACGACAAUAAUGUACAUUGCAAAAAUGGAAAUGUCAAAUUGAACUUCAUAGCUGUAAGUGAAAGCACAAAGCCAAUUAAGAAUAUAGGAAAGUAAAAAUUACAAUAAUAGUGAUUGUAAGAUUGUAUUGUCUAUCAAACAGUGUUGAGUAUAUCUGGAUCUGUAGGGGUUGAACGUUGCUGAAUUAUUGUCGGUACAAACAGGAACUUAGCUUUUUUAAGUUGUGACAAAACUGAAUGUGUAAUGCUCACAUAAAUGUGAGCUUUAUUUUACGCGUGAGCAUUUUGUAUUAUUUUACACCAGCUUUAUUUUGGCUUGUUUACACUCCGCUAAAUAUUGUUCGCAUCUGUAUGUGAUCUACAACUACUAACUGCCGUGCUUUCCAUCGGAUUCAGUGCUACAUCAGUUUAUCGCAUCAUAACAUAUUUAAUAUACCGCACACCAUAUUGAACGCCUGCGACCAAAUCACCCGCAAUGCACGCAGUGCCGUCAGAUCUUGGAAGCUACGCAUGGGCUGAGCACGAAUAGGUGGCCACCACCACGUGCACACAGAGGGUGUCGUAGAGCAGCGACAGAAGGCAUUGCAGCAACGUCCAUUAUUGCAUUGCACUUGUGUGCUCUCAACAUGCUCACCGCCUUCAACCCACCCUGACCGGCGUGGUGAAGUAUGGUCAAAUAACCUGUGACGGCCCGCACGGUAUGCGGAGGCCCUUACCCAGCAGUGGAUUGACAAAGGGCCGUACCGGUAUAAGCUUGCUGCCUUACUUUGCUUCAGUAUUAUUUCAUGAUAUAUUAAACAAAUCGCAUUCAGGUAAAUGUGCAACAGGAAAGUGUUAUUGAGAGAAAAGUCAAUAUUUGCUGGCAGUAACACUGCAACGAGGAUUAUUGCCGAAGCCAUGUUUAAAAAUGACACGGCAAUCUGGUGUCAAUGUGCUUUGCAACGCGGCCAAUUUAGGGGCGCCGUGGUGGCGAGGUGCUAACUACCUUGCUGGUGUACAGGAGGUCGAUCCCAGUCCUGACGCCUGUAUAUUUGGAGUUUUCAUGUUUUCUCCGUGGUCGCAUGUUUUUUUUCUCCGGGUCCUCCGGUUUUUCCCUGCGCAUGGUAAGCAAUCAUUUGUGGCCAGGUCGCUUCUUAAAAAGAGCUAUAUAGCUCAGUGGGCCUUACCUGGUAAAAUUAAAAUCACGUAGUUUUUUCAAACAUAGGUAAUUAUAUUGUAUAUAUAUGGCGUCCUCUGGUCUAACAUCGUUUGAGACGAGGCUCAAAAGAAAGCUGUCCCUGGUGUUGACAAAUCAGUCUCAAAGACAAUGCAUAUAUUACACUGGUCAACAACAACAAAAACAUUUUUUUCUGGCCUGGACUUUUGCAGCUGUUCUAGACUAAUUUCAGGGUGCUGAUUCCAAAUAUAUCACAUCUCAUUUUUAUGCUAUCGGCAUACCCCAUUUUAAUUGAUUUUAGCCGAAAUUAACUCUUGUCACUUAUGAUUGCAAGUUGUUGCGAGUCAGUGACUGCUUUAGUGUUAAAAUAUGGUGCUAUAUUUUUAGGAUAGUGUGUUUAUAAUAUCAUUUUAUGUAGAUAUCCACAUUUAUUUAAUAUUUUUCUUCUGCAGUUUGUAUUGAAAAUGCAAUAUUGGAUUUCUCAAAAACUUGAUGUGAUAGACAAAAACUGAUGCCAGAUUUGGAAUCAGCACCCCAAAAAUACCUUAAAACCGUUGGAAUACCUUAUGCCAGAAAAAGUGUGUUGACCAGUGUUAUCAUUUUGACCACAAGCAUUGUGGUUAAUGCAGACAUGAUUCCUUGUUAAAGGUUUCAGUUUGGUGUUUUAACAUCUUAACACCUGUUUUGUUGCCAGAAAAAAUUGUUUAGUUUUAUUUGAUGGACAGCUUAACUGGCUUUUGCAAGAUGCUUGAUCUGCAUCGAUUUACAUUGCAUGCAGCCAACCUGUAGGAGGACUGGCUUCAAAUACCAUAUUCAGUGUUCAUCGUCAUAUAAAAUGACCCAAUUAGUUGACCUGGAUGCAUGAAUAAUAUUUAUUUGCUAAAAUAUUCUGCCAGCAUCUUAAAGAUUUUAAAUGUCUACUUUGCCUUAAGUGUUUUAACACAUGUAAACAUUAUGUAUCCUGACUGAUGUAUGAUUUUUUUUUGUUAUUGGUGCUGUACGGACUGCAAUAGACUCAAUCAAAAAAAUGUCGCUGCCCAUAAAACGAACUUGUCUAUCUCUACAUUUAAAGUGAAAAAUCACAGUUGCUGUGCACAGGCCCAAUGGCCACAAAAAUGCCAAGCGGCCAGCAAUAAACAGCACUAUAACAGCAUAUAGAAAUGAUCAGGUUUUCCUGAAAAAAAUUCCCCUCUAAGUGCUAAAUUUUUUGAGAAGUGGCAUGCGAAGUGUUUCUUAAUUACAUUUGCGGUUCCAUGAUGUGUGCAGCAAAUUGCGUUUCAAAAAGCUAUGUUUUUACAGUAUUCUGUUACUGGAAACACCUUAUGAAAGUAUUCGCUUUCCCGUUCCGAGGUUUCAUCUAUUGUUGCUUGUUUAUUUUCUUUGACAGUUUCUAGGAAAAAUACAGGGAUAAAAAAGAAAUUGGACGGUCCAGACCGAAUUAACCACAUAUUCAUUACUGCUUCCUCUGUUGCUUUUGAAUGAUAGCAUUUUAAAUGUACGCCCUGUGAAUCGGCUAUAAGUUUUCACUUGACGUUGCAACGUGAUUUGUUUUUUAAGCGCCGUUGUUGAUUCCCACAAAGGAAUUAUUUAUUCAAAGGUUAAAAAGGGACCACCAUGCAUUGUUUUGCUACAAAGGCUCCUUCCUUGAAGUUACAGAAAUAAUUACGGCAACAACAACAUUAUACUGUGGCUGAAAGUUGGUUGCCUCCUUUAAAAUAAAGUACAUAUUGUUAUGGAACCUCAUGUUAUUUCACUCUGCCAACAUUUUUGUUCUAUUAUACAUCUUCAUUUUACAGUUACUUAAAUGUCCCCACAUAAUAUAGUACGUAUAAGAAAAAAACACAUGGAAGGUAUUAACAUUGUAAUUUUGUUUUAGAAAACAAUAAGGGAAAUUAUAUUUGCAAAAACCAGAUGGCUAAAAAAAGAUUUCGACAUUAAAUUGGUUUUUAAAGUAAUUUGAAAACAAUAAAGAAACAUUUUGAAAUUGCAAUGGCCCAUAUAUAACAGUGUAUUAAUGUUAUUUGAUACAUAUUUUAUUUUCAUUGAAAAUAAUCCCAUGCACGCACGUGGAUUUUUUCUUUGGCAUGUUUGUCCGCAACAUUUACUUACAUCCGCACAAUUGUGAACGUGGAAAUAGCGGCUGGAUUUUCGUAACUAAAUUGCAUGGUGGUCUGCCUUUUAGUCCCAUUGCCACUCCGGGGAGAGUAACUCAGUCAGCCUUGCAGAUGUAUAAAUAGUGCAUGGUCACACGUGCGUGUACGCGUACAGACCCGUGUUUUGUAGAAAUGUAUACGCUUGUGUGUGUUUGCGCGUGGGGUGAGGUGGUAUUGCAGUUCGCGCACUGCGCUACGAACCCUGCUACCCGAUGUCGAUUCCUGUUCACGGCCAACAGUUGACCCGUCCUGGGCCUCCCCUUGGUCGACUCAGCCUCAGAUGAGUACCUGGUGCAGUGUGUAAAUAUCCUAGAUUUGAAGCUUUCGUAAACUGCAAGGAUUCAUAUUCUUAGGUUUUUUUCGGUAAAGUCACGUAGGUAAAAAAAAAAUUAAAAUUAAUUUUAAUUUUUUUACCUACGUGACUUUACAGAAAAAAACCUAAGAAUGUGUAAACAUCGUUGUUCGAGAGACAAAGUUGGCCAGACGUGGUGCAGGCCAUCCAACGCCCUCGUGUGCCGUGCUCGCUAACAGCGCUUGCCCUAAAAGUUUAAGGCUACAUUGUGUGUGGGGGGGGGGGGAACAGCGACAUAGUGGUUGGUGAAAAUCAGUACACGGUCAGGUCCUGGACAGACACAACACUGUACGCAGUCUCGGGAGUGGCACACUAGGACACCUUUAUAACCAUACUCUUUAUUUUUUUCGGUAAAAGUCACUUAGGCUGCAUGACUUUACCCGCUUUUAUUUUUCUUCAAAUUGCCAACAUUUUUUCCAUUGAACUUGUGAUAGUUUUCAUUCUAUCAUCUCUAAAUGGCAGAGCCACAUCGUUGUUAGCUUUAAUAAUUCACAUUUUCCAUGCACUAAAUCCACCUGCUUUCUGGACAGUGGGAUACUGUGGCUUAUUGUGUUUUUUUUUCCACCAGGGCAUCGCUGAGUUUUUCAGUCAAUCUGACCAUGGUCAAAAUGACCCAGAAUUGUGACAAUUAAUUGAAUAUGGGAAGCGAGGAGUUACGAAUAAUUACAUCCCUUUUAUGAACAGAAUACGAGGCUGCGCUUUCAUUGACAAUGCUAUUUUUGUCGCUAUGGUAACGUGGAUUGUUUUGUUGGUAUAGCAAUGUUCAUGCAUUCGUGAUGGAUUAGACUCAUACGAUUGCGCGAUAACCAAUGGUCAGACUUACGUUUCUGAUCCAUGCCGUUGCAAGUAAUGUACACUGGUGACAAAACCUUGUUCUUUGGGCGCAAUUCAUUAUUAAGUUCCGCUUUGCCAAAUGUAGAAGCGCUUGCUAGGCAUCUCACUGAGGAAGAGGAACACGUGGAUUGGAGAACAUACGCACGUUUGAGACAUUUUGGAAAGGACACGUCCGUUCGACCGAAUGAAGGCCACAGUGGUCCAGACUAAUGCCAAGAGUGGCACACCCUCCCCGAGAGGGCCUCCCCUGUGGAGAUGGAGCAAUGGGAUCGGCUCACGUGCAGUGGCUCGAUGGGAUUUCCGCUUUGCAAGAUUGAGAGAAAGCGAUGGUUUGGAGAGAAUGUUUGAAUGUUUGUUGUAUGCUGAACUUCUUUUCGCAUCGUACGUAGCCAACCGUGCUAAUCAGAGGUGCGGGUUAGCGGAUCGGAGAGCCAUUCAUCCCAUUGUGGGUAGAUUCCCGGCUGCUCUGGUACUGGUGAUUGAUAAUUGUUCGUGCAGAACAUCACCUUAUUCAAGUAGGAAGCAACUCGUAAAAGCAACAUCGAUGUCUUUUACCUGCCCUGUGGUGUGGAUACAUUCGGGGGAGCGGUACUCAAAUGCAUCAUAAUUCUGCAUUCUUGGAACACGUGCAUCGUCGGCUGUUUAUGUUCUGGCUGCAACAGCACAAUGACUUGGCAACUCGUGCAACCCAAAACAGACUUCACAAGGCAAAUCAUAUCCAGGACCCAGGACUCUAACAGCACCAAUUAGCCAAUUCGCGUCCAGUUGCUGGAAAAGGUUUAACGGAAAUAAUUUCCAUCUUUAUUUAUUUCAGUGUGUUGCUCAUGUGGUGGAUGCAGUUGCGGUGGGGGGGGGGCGUGAACAUACUUCACCAUACUCAUCCGUCUGCAUCCAGGAAUGGCAUGAUCAUGGCUAAUGAUGAUAAUGGCGAAUUUGCAAUUUAUUUUUACGUUGACGUCUACAGUAAACAAUUGUGAUCGGAGAGUUCAGUCUCAAAUGUAUAUAUAUAUAUAAACUAUAUACACAGCUUGUUUGUUCAUUGUAAACGAGUGCCUGCUCAGUCGCUUGUGGUUAGUUGCUCAUUCCCGGCAGCGUGUGACGAGUGGAUCAUAAAACCCGUGCUAUGUGGAAGUUGACCUUGCAGUGCGUGUGACCUUUUGUUACGCAAUCGAUAAUGUUCAGUUCAUGUUACUUGCGAGCUUGCGUCUGAACGCGUGUUCUGCUGUUGUCCUCCGGUCACCGGUUUUACUUUCGUUUGCCUUAAAUUGCUGCAGUACCGGAGACCCGUCGCGAUUAUGCAGAGGUAUCCGACAACAGUGUAUCGGCAAUUGUUGCGCACAGUGUACACGUCUCGCUUCAAGUUUGCGGGCGGAAUGCCAAACAAACGUUGUCUUUUGGACGUCGUCUCGAGUAAGUUACAAGGCACGGCUAAUAGUUGGAUGGGUUAUGCCAUGCUGUUGUGAAGAGUGGCAACACUCCAACCAACCUACCAAAGAAUGUUGCUGCGGCGUGUACGGCAUGGCAGUGUUGUGUGUUGCGAAUAAACUAAUAAAGGGAAUCAAGGAAGAAUCUGCCCCAUCCAUUUUGCCCUCUUAAGUGGCAUUUGUCAUCUGCGUGUGCGGAGGAUGUUUGUGUCAUUGGUGGCCGCGCAUUUCUCGAACAGCAUGGCCGUGCGCGCGUGUGUUUGUGCCUAUUUUUU